AUGAAGACCCAAGGGGAAGAGAACGGAACUACACCCUGCUUGUAUGGCUGGGACUACGACACCACGUGGCUGUCCCUUACUGCCGCUUCGCAGGAGGACUGGGUGUGCGAUAAGGAACUGUACCCAAAUACCGUGUAUUCCGUGAGCCUCUUCGUUUCCACCGCCAUUGGAGUUAUUCUCUUUUACAUUGGUGACAGAUUUGGACGAAGGAUACAGUACCUGGUAGGCCUGAUUGCUACGUCGCUGUCCCAGAUACUGCUCCCCUUAUCAGCUUCUGUGUUUCCGCUCUACAUUGUACUUUCCGCAGUCUCUGAGGGUGCACACUUGCCUAUGGGGGAAGCAAUUAUGGCGACCGGAGUGGAAUUGGCCAGUAUCAAACACCGUUCAUCUGUCAACUUUUUGGGCUUCUUUUCUUACUGCCUUGGUGUAAUUGCCAUGGCUUUGGUAGCUUGGUUUGUCAGAAACUGGGUGUAUUUUACACUGAUUGCCGCUGUACCAUGUUUCAUUCCACUAUUGCUUCAAAAGUAA